CAAAUGUUAUAAUGCAGCUGUGCGGGGUUAAGUACAUUCCCUGGGUAUCAGUCCCAGGGCACCCAAGACUCCAGAACCACAAACAGGCCUGCCCAGCUGGGCCCGCCAACCAGACAAUCCCCCUGCACUGCCUCCGCCCCCACCCCAGCCCAAAUAAAGCCACAAAGCCCUGCCCUAGUGCUGACUGGGUGGGCGGGGCCACUUCCGGCCCAGACCCCACCCCCUACCAAGGGCGCUUUGCUAGAAGUGCCGAGGUGGCUCUGCUGCCUGGCCGAGGCCCGCCCCCAGACUGGGUGGGGUUACCCCCUACAAAAUCUCAGAGUUUCCCGCAGCCGCUUCCUCCGAAUCUGAUGCAGCUGGGGUGAGGUUGAGGAACAAAGAAUCUUGCUGAGCCCUGCCUAGGCCCUCACCCUGGAGUCAGGAAGUUUGGAGGAUGAGGCCCUUCAGCUCUGAGGUUUCCCUAGACUUGCCCCGUGCCAUGGCAGCCCACCUGCUUCCCAUCUGCGCCCUCUUCCUCACCUUGUUCGGCAUGGCCCAAGCCUCUGGGGGCCCCGUGGUACCCAACCAGCCCUUCACUACCAUCUGGAAUGCGAACACCCAGUGGUGCCUGGAGAGGCACGGCGUGGACGUGGAUGUCAGUGUCUUUGAUGUGGUGGCCAACCCAGGGCAGACCUUCCUCGGCCCUGACAUGACCAUUUUCUACAGCUACCAGCUGGGCACUUACCCCUACUACACAUCUGCUGGGGAGCCCGUGUUUGGCGGCCUGCCCCAGAAUGCCAGCCUGGAUGCCCACCUGGCUCACACAUUUCAGGACAUCUUGGCUGCCAUGCCUGCAUCCAACUUCUCAGGGCUGGCAGUCAUCGACUGGGAGGCAUGGCGCCCACGCUGGGCCUUCAACUGGGACACUAAGGACAUUUAUCGGCAGCGCUCACGGGAACUAGUACAGAGGCAGCACCCUGAUUGGCCAGCUCCUUGGGUGGAAGCAGCAGCCCAAGACCAGUUCCAAAAGGCUGCACAGGCCUGGAUGGUAGGCACCCUCAAGCUGGGCCGGGCACUGCGACCUCAUGGCCUCUGGGGCUUCUAUGGCUUCCCUGACUGCUAUAAUUAUGACUUUCUAAGCCCCAACUACACAGGCGAGUGCCCACCAGGCAUCCGUGCCCAGAACGACCAGCUAGGGUGGCUGUGGGGCCAGAGCCAUGCUCUCUACCCCAGCAUCUACAUGCCCGCAGCGCUGGAAGGCACGGGGAAGACACAGAUGUAUGUACGGCACCGCGUGGGUGAGGCAUUCCGUGUGGCUGUGGGUGCUGAGGACCCCAAUCUGCCAGUGCUGCCCUACGUCCAGAUCUUCUACGACAUGACAAAUCGCUUUCUGCCCCGGGAUGAACUGGAACACAGCCUGGGGGAGAGUGCAGCCCAGGGGGCAGCAGGAGUGGUGCUUUGGGUGAGCUGGGAGAACACAAAAAACAAGGAAUCAUGCCAGGCCAUCAAGGAGUAUGUGGACACCAUGCUGGGGCCCUUCAUCCUGAACGUGACCAGUGGGGCUCGUCUGUGCAGUCAAGCCCUGUGCUCGGGCCAUGGCCGCUGUGUCCGGCGCCCCAGCCACCCUGGGGCCCUCCUCAUCCUCAACCCCACCAGUUUCUCCAUCGAGCCCACACCUGGUGGUGGUCCCCUUACCCUACGAGGUGCCCUCUCACUUGAGGAUCAGGCACAGAUGGCUGUGGAGUUCAAAUGUCGCUGCUACCCUGGAUGGAGGGGGACAUGGUGUGAGCAGCAGGGUAUGUGGUGAUUGGCCACACACCAGGAUGCACACAUUGAGCACCACCUAAUGCACUCUGGGCCUGGCCAAGGCUUUCUCAAGUGUAGGCACAGUCACAGAAGUCAUGGUCACAGUCAGGAGUACACUAAACCACCAUCAUGAGCAUAUGCCUACACAUGCACACAUGCUUCCAGGCUGGGAUAGUUGCAUUACGGACCGGGGUAGUUGCCUAAGGAAUUAAGAGUCUCUGGCACCCACCCAGCAGGGUCAUAAACAUUUCCUCCAGAGACACUGAGCCAGUCUAAACUGCAGCAGUCAGAAGAACUAACAUUCACUGAGCACCUACUCUUCGCCAAGUCCUGUGCUAAGCAUUUCAAGUAGGCUAACUCAGUCCUAACACGACACUAUAGGGAAACUGAGGCACACAGAGGGAGGGAAAGCACCUUGCCCAAGGUUGCACGGCCAAAAAAUGGAGACGCUGAGAUUCGAACCUAGGCUGUCUGGCUAUAGAGGCAGAGGCCUUUGAUUCCUACUGUGUUGAUGGUAACCAGCCUUGCUCGCAACCUGAAUCCACUCGGAGGCACCAGCCCCGCAAAUAAAGCAGACACGAUUCUUAGUUCAA